CCACUCUGUGACGACACACUCGACGAUCAGUUAAUUACUUGCUUGCUCGCUCUAAUCCACCCAACCGACGGCAUCAAAUACGAGACUUACGAGGAAAGAAGGAAGAAUCUCUUGUGGCCCAUACAGAAGGGGAUCGCAUCAGGCUCUGUACGAAACAAGGUCACUAAUUCUCUCUCUUGGUUCAGUCCCCACGAACAGCAAAUAUGGGUAUCUCUCGUGAUUCGCGCCACAAGCGCUCGGCCACCGGUGCCAAGCGGGCCACUUACCGCAAGAAGAGAGCCUUCGAGAAGGGUCGCCAGGCCGCCAACACCCGUAUCGGUGCUAAGAGAAUCCACCUGGUCCGCACCCGUGGUGGUAACCAGAAGUUCCGUGCCCUCCGUCUCGACUCCGGCAACUUCUCCUGGGGUUCCGAGGGUGUCUCCCGCAAGACCCGUGUCAUCGUCGUGGCCUACCACCCCUCCAACAACGAGCUGGUCCGCACCAACACCCUGACCAAGUCCGCCGUUGUCCAGAUCGAUGCCGCCCCCUUCCGUCAAUGGUACGAGGCCCACUACGGCCAGCCCCUUGGCCGCAGACGCCAGCAGAAGACCGAGGUCACCGAGGAGAAGAAGAGCAACAGCGUCCAGAAGAAGCAGGCUGCUCGCUUCGCUGACCACGGCAAGGUCGAGGGCGCCGUUGAGAAGCAGUUCGAGUCCGGUCGCCUCUACGCCGUUGUCUCCUCCCGCCCCGGCCAGAGCGGCCGUGUGGACGGCUACAUCCUGGAGGGUGAGGAGUUGGCUUUCUACCAGCGUGCUAUCCGCAAGUAAGCGUCGUGUUUACUUCAUAUAAAAUUUUUCCAAUUUCAUAAAAUUUUACAAAAAAUGGAUAUCUCGCGCGCUGUGCUGGUGUGGUUGU